AUGAGGGAAGAAAUGCUAGCAAGUUAUGAGUCUGAGACAAAUCAAUAUGACGUGAUACAUCGGGAAACGGGCGAGUUACCUAUCUAUGACCGUUGUGAUCCACACGAUCAGUACGACGUUCUUCAACGAGACAUCGAUGGAGUGUAUUUAGAAAGCGGGAUGAAGACGGACGAUCAGUACGACGUGCUCAACAGGCAGACAGAUGAGUUACCGAUCACGACGAGUAGAAAGGGAUUCGAAAAUUAUGACACGUUGAACGACACCCAUUGCCGAUCGAGCAGUGAAGAUGUAGGAUAUUAUGAAGUUGAAAGACAAAGAGAAGGAUCGGGUUCGUUACUUUCUGAUAGUAAAGAUGAAAACCCGUAUGAGGUACCGUUCGAAUUGAAAGAGAGAAGUUUGGCUAGUGGGCGCCAUUUUCUAACUUUUGAGUCGGAGGGAAGAGAUAAAGACACUCUGUUUGCAAAGCAUCUUGCGCAUUGUCCUGAAAACGCUGACAAUCCUCGAGAAAGUUUGUAUGCGACGGCAGAAAGUGGAGAACAUGCUGGAGUCUCUUUCCAAAUGUCGGAAGAAUACUCAUAUGUUAUACCAGACGUCAAACGAUCUUUACUCAUUUCGCAUGACGUGAUGGUAGUAGGAAAGACGGUCACAUCAAAGCCAGAACGUAACAAUAUGUCGUGUAAAACAACCAAUUAUAAGGAGAAAGACUCGCAAUGCCUACCAAAUGGUAUCAGUACGUCUACAAUAUCAGACGAACAACCACCAGCUCUACCUCCUUUGAACGACGAAUAUUGUUGUAUUCCUGUUAGCAUCAUGAAGCCAAGACCUACUUUUGCAAACAAACCAACAAAGCCAGACAACGAUCCUUCGCUUUACACUAAACAACAGACACACGAUGAGAGAGUCACAGCAGACAAACGUACUGCAGUACAACUUGGUUUUGCUUCAUCAGGACGUCAGCAAGCCAAAGAAGACGACUAUGAAAUUCCUACCAAACUACCAGUAGUAGAUCUAGAGCCUGUUUUACAAGACAAGGCAAAGUCGGACGUUCUGUUAUUUUCUACAAUACCACAGAGUGUGACAGUCGUUGACAGCGAGCACGCUUUGUCACAAGAGAGAAAACGAGAUGAGUAUGCUAACGUGCAACAACCACAGGGUAGUCAGACGCAAGAGGAUGACUACGAGGUGCCAGUCAUAGCUCAGAAUCGCUUACAGAAUUUCGAAAAAAAUUACGACAAUAUAACGCAAGAUGCAGUUGAUUGUGUAGAAACGAGCACAACGGAAUAACAGAUUUGACUUCCGCGCUAUAGAGUAAAGAAAGAUAUACGACAUGAAGCUCAGAAGAGUUUUACCUAGAGGGGUUAGUUUAACCCUUAGACAUCACAUUACCGUGUAAUAUUCUUAAUGACAAGUAAAGCGUGUUUUAAUUAACACACAAACGUAAUUUGUAGUCAUUCUACUUACCAUUUUAUCCAAAAGGAAACAUUCUAUUGAUAUCUUAGUUUAGCAGUACACUGCUGGACGACUACAGAUGUUUGAUGCUAGUCAACUUUUUAAAAAUAAA